GGAUAGCUUAGUCAGCAACCCACGGGAUAUUUCAUGCCGCUGAACUCGUAACACAGGGACAGAAGUGGGACAUGGGAGCGACAUUAUCAACACAGCGGGACAGCAAAUGUGAGGAAGAUGAGGAGCAGCAUUCAGGACAGGAGGAGGUACAAGAGACCAGCCCUGAAGACAAGAAAAAUGGGCAAAUCUCAAGCCAGAAUGGAAAACCAGAAAACCAGACUGAUGAGAUGAAUAGUCAGUCUGAGGAGAGGGACUUUGCAGAUGUGGGCUCUGGAUUUGUGACACUGAAAGAAGAUGCUUCUGAUACAACCGACAGUAUUCAAGAAGAUGUCUCUCAAACGAGCACUGACAGCAUGAGCAAGCAAACAAAUAAUACAGAUGAUCUAAAAGCAAAACAGGAAAAUGAGGCCAACAACAAGCUAAAUGACACUGAAAUUGGCUUCAAAAAAACCUUCAGAUUUGGUGGAUUUAAAUUCACUCUGAAAAAAGACAAGGUUGAGAAGAUUGAUGAGCCAGUCAAAAUUGAGCAGGACAAAAAUGCUGUAUGCCCGUCAGAGGACUCUUUGGACACUAUAAAAGUGAAUCCUGUCAGCACAAAUAAGCAUGAUGCAGAAGAGAUAAAGAAUGAACGAAUAGGAGGUGAUACAAGUGCUGAGUCUUCUGAGAAACACAAUAAAAUGGCAGUGGGUAAAAUUUCAGAGCUUACUGAACAGAGGGAAAAAGCUACUCCUGUUAAAGGACUGAUGGAGGAUGUUCCCCAAAGUCCUGAGCCUGAGGAAACUAUGUCCCCAGUUAAGCGAUUUUUCUCGCAAGGACUUUUGGCUAUUUUGAGAAAAAAGAGAAAAGAGGAGGAGACACCAAAGGAGAAGGAGAAAGAACUCAAAAGCUUGGACAAAGUUGUUGAAAAAGAAACUACAAAAGAAGAUACUACAUGUACAUGCCUUGAUGUCUCUAAUGGUACAUUUGACAAAGAUAUACAGCUGUAUAAGAAAGAUGAGCACAGAUCUGCAGCAGAAGGAGACAUAAUGAAUUUCCUAGAACAAGAUAAAGUGCAAGCAAGUCCAUUCAAGAGGCUUUUUAGGAAACUUUCCACAAGAAGACAGAGCGAAACAAAACCUGAUGACACAAAUUUACCUGAGCCUGGAGAAAAUAUCAGUGAAAAUCCUCAAUUAUCCACAGAAUUAAUUAAGUCCCAGAAGGAGCAAGAAUCAAAAGUAGUCGAAACACAGCCUGCUGAUGAGAUGAUGGAGCUGAGCCAUGAAGAGUCAAAAAAAAAGUCAGAUUCAACCGUUUCUUGGGAAAACCUGAUAUGUGUCAGGUCUGCCAAAACAAGGGCAAGGAAAACAUCUGACUCUGAGCAUGAAACACAAAAUAAAGGAGAGGUGCCUAGAAAAACAACUGAAUCAUCACUUGAAAGUUCUACUGAAGGUGACCAUCUUACAUCGUCCAAUGAACAAAGUGGAAGUCCUGCAGAAGAAGACAGUGGAUCCACAUGGAAGUCUUUUAAAAAGCUGGUAACUCUCAAGAGGAUAAGUAGAACAGAAGAAACUGGUUCAGUUGAGCAGAUGCAGUCAGACACAGAGAUUGCUAAAGAUGAAUCUUCAUGUUCCUUACGAAAACUUAUCUCAGGGCGUAAAAAAACUAAGCCCGAAUGGCAGCAAGAAAAUGUAUCAUCUGAUGAUAGUAAAGCCACAGGAACAGACAUUGAGGAUGAUGAAACACCAGAGGUUGUACCACUGUCUGAAUGUGAAAGAGCUGAACCUGAAAUCUUGAACAUGAUGACUGAUGGAACAAUUGAAAGUACAAAAGAGAAAGAGAUGCAGCCCAUAAUCGAAGAGGACAAACCUAAACAAAUCCAGCCUUUAUAUAAUGUCGAACCUAUAUGCUUUGAUACUGGGCCAUCAGGUGUACUCGUUCCUACAGAGUGUAUGGAGGAAUUGACAGAAUUCUUAAGCAAACAUCAGCAACUCAGUGACAUUCCAGAGGAAGGAAUUAUUGAGGAAAGUCUUGCAACUCCACUAUCCUUUGUUGAGUGGACAACUCAAGAUGACACCUUAGCUGACGAUACAGUAGAUAAGACAGCUGAUGCAGUCACUGCUCCCGAACAUGCAUCUGAACACAAUGAGGAUGAAACUACUGAAAUGGUGUCAGCAGUUUCCCAGCUAUCAGAGUCCCCCAAAACAUCAGGAAAUGUAACACCAAUAUCACCUGUAUAUGAUAUGAGAGAAUCUGACACAAUCUUUCAGGAUGUUGUGGAAUCCAUCUGCAUGGUUCCAAGUGUUCUAGCCUUCACUACAAAAGACAAAGUCCCUGAUGCUCGGGCAUUGUCGGUCUCUCAAUUUAUUGUAGAGUCAACUACAACAACCGAAACAAAAGUAUUAGUAGCCCAUAAAAAAGAGGAAGCUACAUCCAUAUGCAUAGGCAUUGUUUCUCAGGAAAUCAGAGCACCUGAUAUUGUUCUUCCUGUGCCUUUAAUUGAAGGAAUAUCAGAAAUCACUCAUUCCGUACCAACAGAAUUUGUCUGUGAGAAUUUGGCAGAAGAAUCUAAAGCAGUAGGAAUAGCAAUUGACAAUGUCUAUGAAGCUGAAAUCGAAGAAAUAAAAACCAUGCUACAUGAAGUGCUUUUACUUGAUGAGCAAAGCACAGUUCUUGCUGAAACUGCGAGAAAAUCAAAGCAACAAAGUAUAAUGGUCGAAAACAUUCAGGAAGAAGUUUCUCCUUUGUUACAGAAGGAAGAUGUGGAAGAUGAUUCAACAGAAGUAUUAAAUGGUAUUCAUGAAUUCAUACCAGUUCAUGCUGCAGUGCACAGUGGAACUCAGCUUCUUGAGGAGCAGAUUAUUACAGCGAAUAUGAAUAGGCCUGAAACUGAGGGCCCACUACAACCAGCUUUAGAAGAAUCUGUGUAUGUACAUCUGACACAGAACACUAAAAAACCUGUUGAAGUUGAAAGAGAGUGCAGAAUUCCAGAUGUUGAAUCAUCAGCUGCUGAUGUUGAGCAACUCACUGUAAUUGCAGAAGCUGGCCCUGUAGCUCACGAGGUUGUAGAAUCAUUACCUGAAAACUCUUUAAAUGGAGUUUGUUCAACUCAGACAGAGGUUUUUCAAGUCACUGAAAUAGCUAAUUCUGUAAUGCACAGUGUUGUAGCCUCAGAGUCAGACCCUGCUGUGAAUCAAGCCUCAGAAAUAUUAGAGGAUAUGGCUGGAGUUCUUGUAUCAGAUGUGAAAUCUUUAGAGACUCUAGCACCAAUUAGCAGUGUUAUCCCCAUGUCAGGUUCUAUCCAGAUAGAAAGGGAUUUGGAGAAUGAAGUUCAAGUGAAAAAUGACCCUUCACCGCAUUUUGCGGAUAGUCAUACAGUCCAAGUUAAGAUGAAUAAUACUGAGUUAGAAACAGCAAAGAAAAAUGCUGAGACAGUACUUGCACUGUCUGGAGAAGAAGAAAAAGCAAAACAAAAGAUAGAACCUGCAUCUGCAGAGGCAACUGAGGAAAUCAUUGAUGAAAAUAUUGUUUACAACAUUGAACCAGGGUCUAGAGAAGAAGAAUCAGCAAAAACAGAGGCUAUUAAAAGACCAUGUGUGGAUGAUGAAUCUGAUAAUCAUUUAGCGGAUGAGCAAGAACAUAAUGAAACAGCAAAGCCUGAAGUUAAUCUUGAAAUUACUACAGAACAAGAAACUGUAGAGACAGUUAAGCCAUUACAUGAAGUUAAGCUUCGACUUGACCUAGAUGAGCCACAAACAGAAAUUUUACUCUCAAAACCAGAAGAGAGUCAAGCAGUGGAGUCAAGUCAUGAAUCUUAUGAGGAAAAUAAUCAAGGAACUGGUACUGCUGAAACAACUGAAACAAUUUCAUCAGUUAGAUAUGAAGAAAAAAUAGGAGUGGAAUGUAAAAUAUCUGACCAAUCAGCAGAAACUGGGCUGUGCUUUAAAGGUGUAGCUGGAGUACCAGUUAGUACAGUGGAGUAUGCAACUGAAAUACUUCCUACAGACAAAGGUGAAUCCCAAGAAGGUGUACUUAUAGCUGAAACUGAAGUGUCUGAGCACGUAAUGGAGAUAAUAAAAGCUAGUACUAACCAAGUAUCUGUUGAAGGACAAAGAGUAGUGACAUCUGAGCUGGUGGCAGAAUCACCUACUGAGACUGAAAAUAAAACUGAGCCCGAGGUGCUGACACAAGUAAUAAAUGAACUUAAAGUAGAACCACUGGAGGUCUCUGAAUCAAAGGCAGAUAUAAUUGUAGUACCAGAGAUUCAAGCAGAAACACCUGUAGUGGCCUCACUGGUAACAGAGCUUGAAGUAGAAAUACCGGUGGUCACAUCAGCAGAAAAGUUUGUUAAUACAGAAGCUCUUGCUUUGACAUCAGUAAUAAAUACAUUUCAGUCAGAUUUAAAACCAGUCAAUGAGCCAGAGAUUUCUACAGGCACCACACUGCGAGAAACUCCCACUGAAGUCUCAGGAAUACAAACAGCAACAGAAUUAUCUUUAGUACAAACAGCAGCAAUUUCACCAAUAUUAGAACAGGUAUCAGAAAAAGAGGAUGCAAACGUCAACAGACCAGUUAUACUUGAGGUGACAGAACCAAAAUUAGAAAUGCUUAUGGUAACAGAGGCAAUAUCGCACACAUCAGCAGUCCCUGCACAGGAAGUACAAUCAAUCAAGGCUUCAGCUCUUGAAACAGAAACCUUAGUAAGAACAUGUGUGGAAAAGAAAGUUGAAGCACAAGGCUCUGUUGUGACAUCAAGAAAAGAAGACACAGAUAUGGGGUCCUUAGUUUUGACCACCACAGUCAAUGAAGGACAGAUAAAAACAGUGAUCCCUGUGGUAGAAAUGCUAACAGCAACAGACAUCCCAGCAAUUCAAAAGCCAACUGAUGGCCAAUUGGUCCAAGAACCAGAAGUGUCCAUGGUGGCACAAGAAAUAAAGGAAACAAAACUUGAGGCACCAGAUGCACCUGAUGUUAGUGCAUUAAAGAUACAUGUGGCAAAAGAAACAAGAGUAGAAGCACUGGGAGUGGCUGAACAGAUCAUAGAAGAAGCAGUUCGGACAUCAGUGAAGGAGGACAUGCGUUCAUCAAUAUUUACUUUAAUUGCUGAAGACCCAGCAGUACCUUCUUGCAUAAAACUACCAACAUCAUCAAUGACCCCAGUGGUUCAAACACCAGCAGUGGUUCCAGCAAAGGACCAAAGACCAACUGUUGUCCCUGUGGUAGAAACAUUGGCAGUUCACAGUGCAGUAAAGGAAGUGGAAGAACAAACAGGAGUGGAAUGUAAAAUAUCUGACCAACCAGUAGAAACUGGGCUGCGUUUUAAGGGUGUAGCUGAAGUACCAGCUAAUACAAUGGAGUAUGUAAGUGAAAUACUUCCUACAGACAAAGCUGAAUCCCAAGAAGGUUUGCUUAUAUCUGAAACUGAAGUGUCUGAGCACGUAAUGGAGAUAAUAAAAGCUAGUACUAACCAAGUAUCUGUUGAAGGACAAAGCGUAGUGACAUCUGAGCUGGUGGCAGAAUCACCUACUGAGACUGAAAAUAAAACUGAGCCUGAGGUGCUGACACAAGUAAUAAAUGAACUUAAAGUAGAACCACUGGAGGUCUCUGAAUCAAAAGCAGAUAUAAUUGUAGUACCAGAGAUUCAAGCAGAAACACCUGUAGUGGCCUCACUGGUAACAGAGCUUGAAGCAGAAACACCGGUGGUCACAUCAGCAGAAAAGUUUGUUAAUACAGAAACUCUUGCUUUGACAUCAGUAAUAAAUAAACUUCAGUCGGAUUUAAAACCAGUCAAUGAGCCAGAGAUUUCUACAGGCACCACACUGCGAGAAACUCCCACUGAAGUCUCAGGAAUACAAACAGCAACAGAAUUAUCUUUAGUACAAACAGCAGCAAUUUCACCAAUAUUAGAGCAGGUAUCAGAAAAAGAGGAUGCAAAUGUCAACAGACCAGUUAUACUUGAGGUGACAGAACCAAAAUUAGAAAUGCUUAUGGUAACAGAGGCAAUAUCGCACACAUCAGCAGUCCCUGCACAGGAAGUACAAUCAAUCAAGGUUUCAGCUCUUGAAACAGAAACCUUAGUAAGAACAUGUGUGGAAAAGAAAGUUGAAGCACAAGGCUCUGUUGUCCAUGAAAUGUCUGUUGAAUCAGAAGUGUCCAUGGUGGCACAAGAAAUAAAGGAAACAAAACUUGAGACACCAGAUGUGGCUGAUACUAAUGCAUUAAAGAUACCUGUGGCAAAAGAAACACGAGUAGAAGCACCUGGAGUGACCAAACAAAUCAUAAAAGAAGCAGUUCUGACAUCAGUGAAAGAGGACACGGGUUCUUCAGUAUUUACUUUAAUUGCUGAAGACCCAGCAGUGCCUUCUUCCAUAAAGGUACCAACAGCAUCAAUGGCCCCAGUGGUUCAAACACCAACAGUGGUUCCAACAAAGGACCAAAGACCAACUGCUGUCCACGUGGGAGAAACACUGGCAGUUCACAGUGCAGUAAAGGAAGUGGAAAUGCCAUUCACUGGACUAGAAGUUGAGGAACAACACAGUGAUGCACAAGUUGCAGUUAACAUUGAAGUUAAACAACCAUCAAUGACUGAGACUGAAGUAAAAGUAACAGAAAUAAUUGAACAGGUAACUGCCAGUGCAGAAAAGCCAGUAAAUCCCGAAGAAGACUCUAAAAGCACUGAAGAAAGGAGUGGAACGUUAAAAGAGGUUUCUAUCCCCAUUGUGAAGAUAAUCAAAUCCAUACCAGGAGCAAAUGAUGUAAGGGAGGAUGCUGUUGAUAAUAUUAGUGAUGAUCAGUGUUCCAGGACUAAAGCAAGUGGUGGUUUGCAAGAUACAACCAUAUGCCAUGGCAACAAGUGAAGCUUGUAAGUGGUCAAACUGUACAUAAUGUACACUACCGUUCAAAAGUUUGGGGUCACUUUGAAAUUUCCUUAUUUUUGAAAGAAAAGCACUGUUCUUUUCAAUGAAGAUCACUUUAAACUAAUCAGAAAUACACUCUAUACAUUGCUAAUGUGGUAAAUGACUAUUCUUAAUUUCUAGCUGCAAAUGUCUGGUUUUUGGUGCAAUAUCUACAGAGGUGUAUAGAGGCCCAUUUCCAGCAACUAUCACUCCAGUGUUCUAAUGGUACAAUGUGUUUGCUCAUUGCCUCAGAAGGCUAAUGGAUGAUUAGAAAACCCUUGUACAAUCAUGUUAGCACAGGUGAAAACAGUUUAGCUCUUUAGAGAAGCUAUAAAACUGACCUUCCUUUGAGCAGAUUGAGUUUCUGGAGCAUCACAUUUGUGGGGUCGAUUAAAUGCUCAAAAUGGCCAGAAAAAUGUCUUGACUAUAUUUUCUAUUCAUAUUACAACUUAUGGUGGUAAAUAAAAGUGUGACUUUUCAUGGAAAACACAAAAUUGUCUGGGUGACCCCAAACUUUUGAACGGUAGUGUAUAACUUCUGAGUACUAAAACACAAACAUUAAUAACUUUUAAAUCAGAAACUUUAUUUGGAUAAUACAAUACCAGAUGUUUUUAUUAUAGGUUUGAAUGAAUGCCAGUGAAGAAGAAAGAGUCUUCUAACAGUCUCUGGAAAUAAGUCUGUCGAUUGUACCCCCACAGCAUGAAAGUCUGAUUAAGCCAAAAUUUGGUGAAAUGUUACAGAACAUCUAUAUAAGCAAUAAUGCAGUAUAGGCAAGACAAACACAGGUUGAAUUUAGCAAAGCCAUAAUGCUACACUUUAUUAUUUUGUCAAUAAUAUUUUUUAUUUUAAUUUGUGCCUUUAGCUACCUGAUAUAUAUAUAUAAAAAAAAAAAAAACUCAAUUUGAAAGGUAUAUCAAGUUUAAAGAUAGAUGGAUCAACACGAUACUGCAGUGGGACCAGUUUGUUAGCAUCAUAAAUACAUGGAAUAGCUAUCUAUACCUUGCUUUAAAAUUCAUGUACUUUUCAAAUACAUUUUUAAAUAAAUAUAAUGCUGUCACCAAAGCUACUUUUACAACUGUAUAUAGUCUACCUAGCCUACAUAUUACCAGAUUUAGUAAACAUGGAUUCAAGACUGCUUGAG